AUAUAUGAUGGGAAAGAUAAUACAGCACAUUUGCUGGGUGCAUUUACUGGAGCUUCUCUAAGAGGACUAACACUGAGCAGUACUUCAAAUCAUCUUUGGCUUGAAUUUAAUUCAGAUGCUGAGGGUACAGAUGAAGGGUUUCAGCUCGUAUAUACCAGUUUUGAACUUUCUCACUGUGAGGACCCAGGUGUUCCACAAUUUGGAUACAAAAUCAGUGAUCAAGGCCAUUUUGCUGGCAGCACUAUCAUUUAUGGAUGUAAUCCUGGUUACACUCUCCAUGGGAGUAGUCUUCUAAAAUGCAUGACUGGAGAAAGGAGAACUUGGGAUUAUCCCCUGCCAUCUUGUAUCGCUGAAUGUGGAGGUCGUUUUAAAGGAGAAUCUUCAGGAAGAAUCUUGUCCCCUGGCUAUCCCUUUCCUUAUGAUAACAAUCUGCGUUGCAUGUGGAUAAUCGAAGUCGAUCCAGGAAACAUUGUCAGCCUCCAGUUUCUAGCAUUUGAUACUGAAGCAUCACAUGAUAUUCUACGUGUUUGGGAUGGUCCACCUGAAAAUGACAUGCUGUUAAAAGAAAUUAGUGGCUCUCUUAUUCCAGAAGGCAUCCACAGCACUCUCAACAUAGUGACAAUACAAUUUGACACAGACUUCUACAUCAGCAAAUCUGGAUUUGCCAUUCAAUUUUCAAGCUCUGUAGCCACGGCAUGUCGAGAUCCAGGCGUCCCCAUGAAUGGAACCCGUAAUGGAGAUGGAAGAGAACCUGGGGACAUGGUGCUAUUUCAAUGUGAUCCUGGCUAUGAGCUGCAAGGAGAUGAGCGAAUAACCUGCAUUCAGGUAGAAAAUCGGUACUUCUGGCAGCCCAACCCACCAGUCUGUAUAGCACCUUGUGGAGGCAAUCUGACAGGAUCAUCGGGUUUCAUUCUUUCACCAAAUUUCCCACAUCCCUAUCCCCAUAGCAGAGACUGCGACUGGACUAUUACUGUUAAUAAUGACUAUGUAAUAUCAUUAGCUUUUAUCAGCUUCAGCAUAGAACCAAAUUAUGACUUUCUCUAUAUCUAUGAUGGGCCAGACAGCAAUAGCGCAUUAAUUGGAAGUUUUCAAGAUAGCAAAUUGCCAGAGAGAAUAGAAAGCAGUUCAAACUCAAUGCAUCUGGCUUUUCGAAGUGAUGGAUCUGUUAGUUUUACUGGGUUCCAUUUGGAGUAUAAAGCCAAGUUACGUGAGUCAUGCUUUGAUCCUGGGAAUAUCAUGAAUGGUACAAGACUUGGAAUGGAUUAUAAACUGGGAUCAACAGUCACAUAUUAUUGUGAUGCUGGCUAUGUUCUUCAAGGAUACUCUACACUUACUUGUAUCAUGGGAGAUGAUGGAAGACCUGGAUGGAACAGAGCCCUACCUACCUGCCAUGCACCUUGUGGAAUACGUUCCACAGGUUCUGAAGGAACUGUUUUAUCACCAAACUACCCUAAAAACUAUAGCAUAGGACAUAACUGCAUUUACUCCAUUGCAGUUCCUAAAGAAUUUGUGGUUUUUGGCCAGUUUGUAUUUUUCCAGACAUCUCUCCAUGAUGUGGUUGAAGUAUAUGACGGGCCAACUCAGCAAUCAUCUUUAUUAUCUUCACUCUCGGGAUCACAUUCAGGAGAAUCCCUUCCAUUGAGCUCAAGAAACCAGAUAACUGUCCGAUUUACUUCAGUUGGACCUGUUACAGCUAAAGGAUUUCACUUUGUUUAUCAAGCGGUUCCAAGAACAAGUUCAACACAGUGCAGUUCGGUGCCCGAACCACGAUUUGGGAAAAGAAUUGGAAAUGAGUUUGCUGUUGGUUCCUUGGUUCUUUUUGAAUGUAAUCCAGGCUACAUACUGUAUGGGUCAAUCGCAAUUAGAUGUGACACAGUGCCCAAUGCAUUGGCACAGUGGAACGAUACUCUUCCUACAUGUGUUGUGCCCUGUGGAGGUAUUUUAACUAAACGUAAAGGAACGAUUUUGUCUCCGGGAUACCCUGAGCCUUAUGACAACAAUCUGAACUGUGUGUGGAAGAUCACAGUGCCAGAGGGAGCUGGGAUUCAGGUACAAGUGAUAAGUUUUGCAACAGAGCAUAACUGGGACUCUUUAGAUUUUUAUGAUGGUGCUGAUAACAAUGCUCCAAGACUUGGAAGCUACUCAGGAACCACAAUACCUCCACUUCUUAAUAGUACGUCCAACAAUUUGUACUUAAAUUUUCAAUCAGAUAUUAGUGUGUCGGCUGCUGGCUUUCAUUUAGAAUACACAGCUAUAGGUUUGGACUCCUGCCCUGAACCUCAGAUCCCAAAUAGUGGAAUUAAGAUUGGAGACAGGUACAUGGUGGGAGAUGUCGUUUCCUUCCAGUGUGACCAAGGAUAUUCUCUCCAGGGACAUUCACAUAUCACCUGCAUGCCUGGACCAGUGAGAAGAUGGAAUUAUCCUAUUCCAAUUUGCUUAGCACAAUGUGGUGGUUCCAUGUCAGACUUCAGUGGUGUGAUCCUUAGCCCAGGAUUUCCCGGGAAUUAUCCUAGUAGUUUGGAUUGUACAUGGACCAUCAAGCUGCCUGUUGGGUUUGGAGUGCAUUUGCAAUUUGUGAACUUUUCAACGGAGACAAUCCAUGAUUACCUGGAAGUUAGAAGUGGAUCACCUGAUGUUAGCACCGCCAUUGGUAGACUCAGCGGUCCUCAGCUACCUUCUUCACUUUUCAGUACAACACAUGAAACUAGCUUAUAUUUUCACAGUGAUUAUUCUCAGAACAAACAAGGAUUUCAUAUUGUGUAUCAAGCAUAUCAGUUACAAAGUUGUCCUGAUCCACGUCCCUUCCGAAAUGGAUUUGUUAUUGGAACUGACUUUACUGUAGGACAGACUGUUUCAUUUGAGUGUUUUCUUGGAUACACUUUAAUUGGAAAUUCAGCCCUUACUUGCCUUCAUGGAAUCAGUCGUAACUGGAACCAUCCUCUUCCAAGGUGUGAAGCUCUUUGUGGAGGAAACAUAACUGCUAUGAAUGGUACAAUAUAUUCACCUGGCUACCCUGAUGAAUAUCCAAAUUUUCAAGACUGCUUUUGGCUAGUAAGAGUACCACCAGGAAAUGGCAUUUAUAUCAAUUUUACUGUUCUUCAGACAGAACCAAUAUAUGAUUUUAUAACAGUCUGGGAUGGACCUGAGCAAAAUUCACCUCAAAUUGGUCAAUUUAGUGGCAACACUGCAUUGGAAUCUGUUUACAGCACCUCAAAUCAGGUUCUAAUAAAGUUCCACAGUGAUUUUACAACAAGCGGCUUCUUCGUCCUUAGUUACCAUGCAUACCAACUUCGAGUGUGUCAGCCUCCACCUAGUAUACCAAAUGCUGAUGUUCUGACUGAAGAUGAUGAAUUUGAAAUAGGGGACAUAAUAAGGUACCAGUGUCUACCAGGUUUUACAUUAGUUGGUAAUGAGAUUCUGACUUGUCGACUAGGAGAGAGAUUGCAGAUGGAUGGCACACCACCUUCUUGCCAAGUAUUAUGUCCUGCAAAUGAAUUGCGCCUUGAUUCAACUGGAGUAAUCCUGAGCCCAGGCUACCCAGAUAGCUAUCCAAACCUUCAAAUGUGUGCUUGGACCAUUACAGUGGAAAAGGGUUACAAUAUCAGCCUUUACUUUGAAUUCUUCCAAACCGAAAAAGAAUUUGAUAUACUUGAGGUGUUUGAUGGACCAAAUAGUCACAGCCCGUUGCUAAUCUCCUUAAGUGGAGAUUAUACCUCCUCUCUCAAUAUAACAAGCAUGGGCCAUGAAGUAUUUCUCCGAUGGUCAGCAGACCAUGGUACCAACAAAAAGGGUUUUAGGAUAAGAUACAUAGCUCUUUACUGCAGUACUCCAGAGUCGCCUCCUCACGGUUUCAUUGUAAGCCAGACAGGAGGGCAGCUGAACAGUGUGGUUCGCUGGGCUUGUGACCGAGGAUUCCGUCUCGUUGGAAAAAGCACCGCUGUGUGUAGAAAAUCUUCCCUUGGAUACUAUGCAUGGGAUGUACCUGUACCAGCCUGUCAAGCUAUCUCCUGUGGAAUUCCAAAAGCUCCAUUAAACGGUGGGAUAUUAACUACGGAUUACUUAGUAGGCACAUACGUUACUUACUUUUGCAAUGAUGGGUACCGUCUUUCAUCCAAGGAACUGACCACUGCAUCCUGCCAGCCAGAUGGCACAUGGAGCAACCAUAAUAAAACACCUCGCUGUGUAGUUGUUACCUGUCCAAGCAUUAAUUCAUUUACCCUGGAACAUGGAAGGUGGCGAAUAGUGAAUGGGUCUCACUACGAGUACAAAACAAAAGUAGUUUUUAGCUGUGAUCCUGGAUACCAUGGAUUGGGACCAGAAUCCAUUGAAUGUCUUGCUAAUGGAACUUGGAGCUGGAGAAACGAGAGACCAUACUGCCAAAUUAUUUCCUGUGGAGAACUUCCUACACCUCCAAAUGGGAAUAAAAUUGGAACUCAGAUUACAUAUGGCUCGACUGCUAUCUUUACUUGUGACCUAGGAUUCAUGCUGGUGGGCUCAGCGGUAAGAGAAUGUCUCUCUUCUGGACUAUGGAGUGGAACUGAAACAAGAUGCUUAGCGGGUCAUUGUGGAAUUCCAGAUCUUAUUGUUAAUGGCCAGGUGAUUGGUGAAAAUUAUGGAUAUAGAGAUACUGUUGUAUAUCAGUGCAAUCCUGGUUUUCGGCUCAUUGGUUCUUCUGUACGGAUAUGCCAGCAAGAUCACAACUGGUCUGGUCAGCUUCCAUCCUGUGUGCCCGUCAGUUGCGGUCAUCCAGGAAGUCCAAUUUAUGGACGAACAAGUGGGAAUGGUUUCAAUUUCAAUGAUGUUGUGACAUUCUCUUGUAAUACUGGCUAUGUUAUGCAAGGACCAACAAAAGCCCAGUGUCAGGCAAACAGGCAAUGGAGUCAACCACCACCUAUAUGCAAAGUGGUCAAUUGUUCGGAUCCAGGAAUCUCUGGAAAUUCUAUAAGAGAAAGCAAAAUAGAACAUGGAAAUUUCACCUACGGUACAGUUGUUUUUUAUGACUGCAAUCCUGGAUAUUUUUUAUUUGGCUCUUCAAUUUUAAUCUGCCAGCCUAAUGGACACUGGGAUAAACCUCUACCAGAAUGCAUUAUGAUUGACUGCGGUCAUCCUGGCAUUCCUCCAAAUGCGAUCCUUUCUGGAGAGAAAUACACAUUUGGAUCUGCUGUUCAUUAUUCUUGUGCAGGAAGGAGAUCAUUAAUAGGCCACUUAUCCAGGACAUGUCAAUUAAAUGGACACUGGAGUGGAACUAUGCCUCAUUGCUCAGGUGACACGGCAGGGACUUGUGGGGAUCCAGGAAUCCCAGGCCAUGGUGCUAGAGAACAAACUAAUUUUAGAACUAAAAGUGUUGUACAAUUCUCUUGUGAGCUUGGUUACAUCCUUCAUGGAUCAGAGGAAAGAACUUGUUUGGCAAAUGGAAGUUGGACAGGAAGGCAACCAGAAUGUAAAGCUGUUCAGUGUGGUAACCCUGGAACAACAGCUAAUGGGAAAGUGUUUCAAAUUGAUGGCACAACAUUCUCCAGUUCUGUGAUUUAUUCCUGCAUGGAAGGCUAUAUUCUGUCUGGACCUUCUGUACGACAAUGCACUGCCAAUGGGACAUGGUCUGGUUCCUUGCCAAAUUGUACAAUAAUCAUUUGUGGAGAUCCAGGAAUACCAGCCAAUGGAUUGAGAUACGGGGAUGAUUAUGUAGUUGGACAAAAUGUUACUUAUAUGUGUCAACCUGGGUACACAAUGGAAGCCAACAGUUCCAAAAUUCGUACUUGCACUACUAAUGGCACAUGGAGUGGAAUGCUGCCAACUUGUAAAGCUGUUACCUGUCCAACUCCACCCCAGAUUUCUAAUGGAAAACAAGAAGGAAUAAAUUUUGAUUGGGGAUUUAGCAUUAGUUAUGUCUGUUCACCUGGCUAUGAAUUAUCAUUUCCUGCUGUUUUGACUUGUGUUGGGAACGGAACAUGGAGUGGUGAAGUCCCACAGUGCUUACCAAAGUUUUGCGGUGACCCAGGAGUACCUGCUCAAGGCAAACGGGAAGGCAAAAGCUUUAUUUAUCAAUCAGAAGUCUCUUUCAGUUGUAAUCCUCCAUUUGUGUUGGUUGGUUCCAGCACUCGCAUAUGUCAAGCAGAUGGUACAUGGAGCGGAUCAUCUCCACGUUGUAUAGAACCUACUCGGACAGCCUGUGAAAACCCCGGUGUUCCGCGUCAUGGAUCACAAAACAACACCUUUGGUUACCAGAUAGGCAAUAUUGUGCAAUUUCACUGUAGAAAAGGCUAUUUGCUUCAAGGAUCUACAACUCGAACCUGCCUUUCUGAUCUUACAUGGAGUGGGAUUCAACCUGAAUGCAUUGCUCACAGCUGUAAGCAGCCCGAAUCUCCCGCUCACACCAACGUUGCAGGAAUGGAUCUUCCAUCCCUUGGUUAUACCUUGAUAUAUACAUGCCAACCGGGAUUCUUUCUAGCAGGAGGAUCAGAACACAGAGUCUGUAGAUCUGAUGGUACAUGGACCGGGAAGGUUCCUUUCUGUGAAGCUGGUUCCAAAAUAUUGGUGAAAGAUCCUAAACCUGCUUUGGGAACACCAAGCCCCAAAUUAAAUGUUCCUGAUGACGUGUUUGCUCAGAAUUACAUAUGGAAAGGAUCCUACAAUUAUAAAGGCAAAAAGCAGCCAAUGACCUUGACCAUUACUCAUUUCAAUGCAUCAUCUGGAAGAGUGAAUGCGACCCUUACUAAUAGCAACAUGGAGUUGUUGCUUUCAGGGGUGUAUAAAAGUCAAGAAGCCCGUUUAAUGCUCCAUAUAUAUCUCAUUAAAGCACCAUACCAUACUUCUGUGAACAAACUGAAAGACGACAAAUGGGCAAUGGAUGGCUUUGUUUCUGCAGAACCUGAUGGUGCAACUUAUGUUUUUCAAGGAUUUAUUCAGGGUAAAGAUUAUGGUCAGUUUGGACUUCAAAGAUUAGGACUUAAUAUGUCUAAAGGAUCAAAUUCAUUAAAUCAAUCACAUGGUACAAACAGCAGUUCUGUGGCCAUUGCUAUUCUUGUGCCUUUUUUUGCCCUUAUUUUAGCAGGCUUUGGAUUUUACCUUUAUAAACAAAGAACUGCACCGAAAACACAGUACACAGGUUGCUCUGUACAUGAAAAUAACAAUGGACAAGCUGCUUUUGAAAACCCCAUGUAUGACACCAACGCAAAGUCUGUCGAAGGGAAGGCUGUACGAUUUGAUCCCAACCUGAACACAGUUUGCACAAUGGUAUAA